UUUACAAAUUUCAUUCGUCGAGAGCUAGCUAAGACCCCCUCAACAGCUCACUAUUCAGCUUGACGUUAUUCGCGGGGUAUCUGAUCUCAUUUGGAGAUGGCAUCAUUGCAUCUUGACGAUUCGUCAAAGAUAGCAAUGGUAAGAUAGCAAAUGCAUUGACGUGAUUCUUCUGGAUUGUUGAGAUAGCUAGAGUACUUGGCAUGGAGUGGAGUCUAGUUGUGAAUUUGAUAUGUAUAAAACGACGUAGAAGGUCGAGAUAUCUCAAUAUUUAACUUGGAAAAAUAGUACCGCUCACAAUAUCACAAUAUUAAUUGAACACUUAAUACCAUCUUUCGCAAUUCAUUCAUCAUCAUGGCUCCUCCCGCAGCAGAUGUUGAUGUGCAAUCGGAUGUACCAGUUGAGCAGAUCAGCAAGAAAUCUGUCGGUGCUGUUCCCAUUAGAACCGCAACUAGCAACAGACUCGAUGGACCUUUGAAGUACUCCGGAAGCCUUGACUCAUACGAACAAUUUGAUGUCACCAAGGUUAUCGGUCGGGAAUUUCCCAAACUCCAGCUAAGCGAGAUCUUACACGAUGACACCAAGAUCCGUGACUUGGCCGUCCUAGUGUCACAGCGAGGAGUGGUAUUCUUCCGCAACCAGGACAUCAACAUCGAUGAUCAGAAGAUCCUAGGUGACAGACUUGGUCAACUCACUGGCAAGCCGGAAUCCUCCAAGCUCCACCGCCAUGCUCUCUCAAAUAGCAAGCGCGGAAUUCCCGUAGAUGAGAAUGGCCGCCUCGAUGAUGAAGUAUCCAUCAUCUCUUCCGAACAGAACCGCAAGUUUUAUAAGGACCGCUUCAACGCGUUCUCGAAGAAGAUCGCCAGCCAGGGAUGGCACGCAGACAUCACGUUCGAGCACAUCCCUUCGGAUUACGCCAUUCUCAAGAUUAUCCAGCUCCCCGAGGAUGCCGGUGGUGACACAUUGUGGGCCUCUGGCUACGAGGCGUACGACCGUCUAUCUCCGCCCAUCCAGAAGCUAGCAGAGAGCCUGACUGCUACUCACAACCAACCGGGCUUUGUCAAGGUCCAGAAUGACUUUGGCGAGGAGCUCAUCAACACAGACCGUGGUUCCCCCGAGAACAAUGGCCUUGACUUCAGGGCGGAACACCCUCUUAUCCGUACCAACCCUGUAACGGGAUGGAAGAGUCUUUUCGGUGCCGCUGGCCAAGUCGAGGCUGGCUGGAUCAACGGAGUUACCGAGAGGGAGAGCGAAAUUCUCAAGGACUACUUCCUUCAACUUAUCGUUGAGAACCACGACCUCCAGGUUCGAUUCAGAUGGAACAAGAAUGAUCUCGCGAUCUGGGACAACCGCUCCGUAUUCCACACGGCUACAAAUGACUACUCCGGAAAGCGACAAGGUAACCGAGUUGUCUCGAUUGGUGAGAAGCCAUACUAUGACCCCAACUCGAAGUCCCGCCGUGAAGCACUCGGACUUGUUGACGCUUAAUUCUUUGCGCCCAUAUACAAGGUGUCACAC